UCUCUCUCUCUCUCUCUCUCUAGAUAUCUAAGUGUAUUGUGUUGUGUAUAGAAGUUUUAGGGUGGUGAUUGUGAUUAGUACGAUUGACACAUGCAGGUGAAGCAACAAAAGAAGAGCAGCAACAAGUGGACCUGCGUGGUCUGCAACGAGAAGCAGUCCGUGUGGAAGGUGUUUGCCCAAGGUUUCAUAGCCAAAGACGUUUGCAAAUUUGUUCAGACCUUUAACAUGUUCCCCUGCCAAUUCGAACAACAACGCACAAAUGAAACCCUAGAUCUGAUUCCGGAACAUACCGACGAUCAGCCACGGAGCAGCAAUGACAAGAAGAGAAGGUCUGACUGGAGCAAGUAUGUUGAUCCCAAGGAUAUUCACGAUGGCCAAGAAGAAGAGGAACAAGAAGAGGAUGUGUUCGGACCGAGGAUUGUGACAGAGUUGCCCCCCAAGAAAUUGGUCAAAAAACCAAAAUUGAAUGCAGAUUCGAGUGGAUUUGGUACCCCACAAGAUGGUGAAAGAGGCUUUAGGCUUGUUUUUCAAAAGAGAAAUUUCAACAAAGGUAAGGAGCCAGGAAAAAUUGAUCCAACAACAGCUAAUUGGGCUUCCAAGAGGUUUGAUUACAAGUCACAGUCUGAGGAAGGCAUCUCCGCAGCCGAGGGACCAUGGCGGAGUUUGGCCAAAGGGGAUUCAAACCGAAGAACUUACGCCAAGCAACUUGUGGAGGACGGUUUUGCUGAAUCGAGGGCAUGCCAUCGCACGACAGCAUGCCAUCCCACGACAGCCAAAGUGUCUUCUACUAAAUGGGGUGCGUACAUUAUCCAAGACAAUAACAAAGACUCUGAAGAUAAGGGGCCACGGAAAUCUCAGCUAAGAAUGAUGAAAGGAGCUUCAAAAUGGGGCAGUUACAUUACAGAAGAUGACGAUGAGGGUGACUUGCACCUAAAAAUUGGGAGAGAAUUCGCAGAUAACAAAGGGAAAUGGGAUGAUUGUGUAUUCGAUGCCAAACUAUAUGACCAAAGUGUAGAAGAAGACAUCCACCCUGAUUUCCUAUGA